AUGGCUGCCAAUCACACCGAAGUCACGGAGCCGAUACCAAUCUUCAAAGUCGCCCAUCGAUUCCUGCUUUACGAUGUGAACCACGUCACAUACCUGAGGCGCGAGCACAACAUCAGCGGAGUUCUCACUGGCACUCUGCCUCAAGCAGCACAACAGAACGUCUUCCUGGGCUUGCCGCUAGAGCUCAUGCCCGAAGAAGCUCGCCUGCUCGUCGAGAAGGAAGUCGCUUACGUUGUUGACGAUACCGAAGAACACAAGCGCAAUUUCUUGGGAAGGGGUCUCGGCGCAGAGGAGCGAAAGGCCUUCCAGGCCGCACUGAGGAAGCAAGGGCAAGCUGCAGCGCAAGACGCCAGCAAGAAAGCCGACGAGAGAAAAAAGGCUGCGUUGAAGAAGCUUGGCGAGAAGACUGGAGAUUGGAACGACAUUCCAGACGAUAUGUUCGAACCAGGUCCACGUCGGGGCAAGAAGGCUGCCAGGGCAAGACCAGACCCUGCUCGGCCUGCGAGUACCAAUGGUGACGAUGAGGACGAAUCACUCUUCGCAUCACCAGCUAAUUCGUUUCCAUCAAAGGCUAUUCGCGCCCCUUCAACAGCUAGUACGAAUUCAGCUGAAGUUGAGCCGUAUCCUAUCACGCCAACGACCUCGCACCCACCACUGCAGACAAAGAAACCCAAUACGAGCGAGCUGCCUGCGGUCCCAUCUUCAUAUCCUCUGUACAGACAUCUGCAUCAAAACGGCUACUUCAUGGCUCCCGGUAUACGCUUCGGUUGUCAGUAUAUGGCAUACCCGGGCGAUCCACUUCGGUUCCACUCCCACUUUCUGUGCAAUGGCAUGGACUGGGACCAAGAGUUCGACCUGCUGGAUCUGGUUGGAGGUGGUCGUCUUGGCACGGGAGUCAAGAAGGGGUUCUUGGUGGGCGGAGAGGAGAAAGAGGAUAAAUCAAGCAAAAAAACCGGCGAUGUACGAGCAUUCUGCAUUGAAUGGGGUGGCAUGUAG